AUGUUUGGACUGAUGGCCGGACUAACCCUUGUCUUUGAUUGGGGCAACAUUUGGGACCACUUUAUCCCCGACUCUAUCACUGAACCCAUUGAAGAGAAACGCAAACAAUUGGGACGAGUUAUCAAAAAGAUCUGUGGCGUCAAACGAGUGGAUGCGCUGACAAUACAGCCCACUAUAUCGGCGGCCAUCGCUGAGGCCGAGACGAGCCCUUCUUCGGGCAACUCUGAUACUAAAGGUGAGCACAAAUCGCACAAAAAGAAUCGCUUUCGGGACCGAAAGAUCAUUGAAUACGAGAAUCGGAUCCGUUUGUAUUCAAAUCCCGAUAAAGUGUUCCGAUAUUUCGCGUCAUUGAAGAUAAUAUACGAACAAAACGAGUCCGAGAUAUACAUGACUCCCGACGACUUCCUGCGGGCGCUCACGCCUGGCAUCAAACAACCCGAUGGACUCGGUUUAGACCGCUUCCGACGCAUUGACUUAUCAAAGGUUUCCUUUCAGGACUCAGAUCUAAGUGCUAUGCUUUCAGACGUGUUGCUAAUUGGAAACAAAGACUUAGCCUAUGGUUUGAAACCGGAGUCUAUUUUUUACAAACUUAGCAAUUAUGGACUCAUUAAUUACUCGGACUUUCUAUUCCUUCUGACUGUCAUUUCGGUGUCUAAGCGUCACUUCGAGAUAGCGUUUCGUAUGUUUGAUCUGAACGGCGACGGGAAUGUCGAAUACGACGAGUUUGAAAAAGUCCAGAACGCUAUCCUCGCCCAGACAUGUGUGAGCUCUGCGCUCGCGAAAUACUUUUUUGGCGAAGAUCUCAAACAAAAGCUAACGAUUGAGAAGUUUCUUGAUUUUCAACAACUUUUACAAACAGAGCUCUUGACUCUUGAGUUUGAGCGCAAAAAACCGAAUCCAAUAACCGGUAGAAUAAAAGAAUCAGAAUUUGCGGAACUAUUGAUAGCAUACGCGGGACUCACAGAGAAGCGGAAGAAUAAAAUGCUUCAAAGAGUGAAGAAAAGGUUUGGCAAAGACGAGGACGGCCUCAGCGAAGAGGGCAUCACUCUUGAUGACUAUCUCAGUGUGAGCUCUGCGCUCGCGAAAUAUUUUUUUGGCGAAGAUCUCAAACAAAAGCUUACGAUUGAAAAGUUUCUUGAUUUUCAACAACUUUUACAAACAGAGCUCUUGACUCUUGAGUUUGAGCGCAAAAAACCGAAUCCAAUAACCGGUAGAAUAAAAGAAUCGGAAUUUGCGGAACUAUUGAUAGCAUACGCGGGACUCACAGAGAAGCGGAAGAGUAAAAUGCUUCAAAGAGUGAAGAAAAGGUUUGGCAAAGACGAGGACGGCCUCAGCGAAGAGGGCAUCACUCUUGAUGACUAUCUCAGUCUUUAUAGUUUCCUACAAAACAUCAAUGAUGUGGAUAUAGCGCUGGCCGUGUUUAACAUUGCCGGCGCCUCAAUAGAUCAGGCUACUCUGAAACAUGUGGCCAAAACUGUAGUACACGUUCACCUCAGAGACCAUUUGGUCGAAGUUCUGUUUACCCUAUUUGAUGAAAAUCAAGACGGACAGUUAAGUAACAGAGAAUUCAUUGCUGUAAUGAAGGAGAGAUUACGUCGAGGCCUAACGAAGCCGAAAGACACCGGUUUUUUCAAACUACUUCACGCCAUUUGGAAUUCACUUAAAUUUGAUUUAUAAAACACUCGAUUGAUUCACUAAUUCAAUGAUUACUUACAAUAAAAGAUAAUUAAAAACAAUUUAUUUAGUGUCGAAAAUGAGUCCAAAAUCUAAUAAAUGCAUGAAUAAAGGCGCUGUCAUUGAGUAUAUGAUCC